AUGAGUAUGCAGCAACUUGGUAUUUACCUCGACUUUGUCAAAAUCAUCGCUUCAUUUCUGGCUAGAUUGAUAGUCGAGAAAGCGCAGUCAGUUGCCCACAGAUUCACCUACCGUCCAUCGCCCGACCCGCUCAAUGUGAUCGUCGUCGGAGGCUCAUUUGCGGGCUGCUUGGCCGCUCAACGACUUGCGCACACACUUCCCACUGGCUAUCGGGUCAUUCUAGUUGAGAAGCACUCUCAUUUUCAUUACACCUUUAGCUUUCCGCGUAACGCCGUGUUCUCUGGGCGGGAGCAUAACGCUUUUGUUGCAUAUGAUGGUCUUGCUUCUGGGGCUCCCGAUGGUAUCUUCCGUCAAAUCUGCGACGAAGUCACCGAGGUGGGGGAGAAGACCAUCACCACCAGAGGUGGUAUAUCUCUAGACUAUGACCACCUUGUGGUUGCCACUGGUGCAAGCCAGCCUCCUCCAGCCCGAUUGCGCGCCAGUGAAAAAGACGAUUCAAUUGUCGAGUUGCAGGAACUCCAGCAGCGCAUCGAAAAGGCCCCCAGAGUUGCAGUUGUCGGGGGUGGAGCGGUUGGCGUUGAGCUGGCUACAGACAUGAAAGAUAGAUACCCCGAUAAACAUGUUACCCUCAUCCACUCCAGAAAGCAACUGCUGCCUCGCUUCGGACCAAAGCUUCACGACCAUGUCUUAGCUAAGCUAGGAGAACAAGGCAUCGAAGUCUUGCUUGGCGAAAAGCCCACGUUGCCUGACGACGCUGGCCAGAUUGUCCGAGAAACUAAUCUUAAGUUUACAAAUGGAGAGAUGAAGACCUUUGAUCUGGUGAUACCCUGCACCGGCUUUCGUCCACAUUCGAAUCUGCUCGCCACUUACUCCCCGAAGAGCAUUGCUUCGAGCGGCGAGAUCAAGGUCAAGCAGAGUCUGCAGGUCGACAAUUUGCCGUCGACUCGGCAGAAUGUUUUCGCUGUAGGCGACGUUGCGCAAUCAGGUGGCCCCAAGCAGGCUCGCGCUGCAAUGAUACAGGUUGAGGUUGCCGUCCAGAAUAUCCUUAGCCUUAUCAAAGACAAUUCGGCCAAAGGGGUGUACGUGCCUCAAUAUUUUGAGAACACCCUGCAGCUUACUUUGGGAACCAAGUUGGGUGUCAUGUAUUUGCAAAAGGGGGAUUACGAAUGGUUGAAGGAGAUGAAUAAGACAGAUGCCGAUUUGAACGUUGGCAAAAUCAGAUGGCAGCUCAACGCAAAAUCGACUUAA